CAUUGCAGAACCAUGCAAAUUACAUGAUUGUCAUCCACUUGGAUUGCACUCAUCAUUUGAAGAUAAUUGUGAAAAAACUUAUAUUGUCAUGAAGUAUGCAUUAUUGGAUAGUUGUUAUUGACGAUGAGAAUAUUGCUAGUUUUUUAAAGAGAAAAUUGAAUGUCCCUGAAGAAGAUCCAGUCAUCAAGCACAUUUUAGAUCUUGGUGCAGAAACUGUUGAUGAUCUCAAGUAUUUAGAUGUUGAGAAGGAUAUUACCAUUCUACCACCAAUAAAGAGAAGAAAGCUCAUACACUUGCUCAAGUGUGAAGCAGAAAACUCAGACUUGGUAAAUGAUGUACAUAUGGCUCUUCCGGUUAUAAGCAAGCCAUGCAGGUCCGAAGAUGAUGAUGUUUUAAGACCGUUAUCACGGAAUUUACCCAGUACGCCACACAGAAAAACUGUUUCAGUAUUGGAUGCCAUAAAAAACCACCCAGAAAAAGAACAUAUUAUAAAAGAAAUGAAUAAAGAAAAACUGGAAGAUGAAAGAGCAGAAAAAUUAAUGAUAAGAGCAGCUUGUAGCUUUCUGAUAGACAAUUUUGGAAGUUACCCACCUCCUAAGAGACAGUUGGAAAUGGCAAUAGACAUUGUCGAAACUUUCCCUCACAGAGCUUGUCAAUCAGGCAAAGGCUAUGAAUUAUAUUAUUGUCCUGGGGCAGGGAAAGGCUUCAUUACUAACCGGAUGAGAGAAAUUUACAGACGAUAUGAUAAAAGCCAGAAAAAAUACAAAGCCAGAACACUUGUUAUUACAGAAGAUCAAGAAGAUGACAUUAAUGAUGAUGAGGUACAACGUUUAAAAGUUAAAGCAAGUCAUACCGUUUCAACGGAAAGAAAUUUCAAGGAAAUCGCUGAUGCCAUGGCAGCGACGUUUAAUAACCGACAGAAAUGGAUUAAGAAAGGCUCUCCGUCUCUGAGAGAGAUUCUUUCCGAUUAUCCCAGAUAUGUUGAUACACCAGAUUUGAUUUCAAUAGAUUUUAAAAGAUUGUAUCCUGAUUGCUGUCAGACUUCUGUAGAAAUUGAAAAUGAAUGGGCCAAAAAAAUAAUAACAUAUUGCCAAACAAAUGGACGCUGCCCUGAUGUAGUAGGCAAUCUUGAUUUGGAGACACAAUAUGAUCCAAACCAAGCAACACUGAAAAUGAUACGAUGUAUAGUAACUCUGUUACCAACUAUGGGACGAUACAGAGUGUCAACAUCAGAUGCAAUGAAAUGCAUUAUUGAAGAAGUGCCGAUAGGAACAUCAUUAGAAGAAUAUUUAAGUUCAGAUAACAAUCAGCGAACCCAGCCAUAUAUACUUAAUAUUAAACCUUCAAACUUUUUUAUAAUUAUGGAAAAAAAUGCUGUCAUUGUGAAUUCUAAAUUUUUAUCUGUGGCUUUUGACCUUUUAUUUAAAUCUUUUUUUGUUUUUAAUGUUAAGUACCCUCCACAAACACAAGUAGCUUUUAAUUCUAUACAGAAUUUUAUGUACACCAUUGACUGCACUGUUACCUCGAAAGCACUCAGAAUUUGGUCCGAAAUUGUAAAAUAUUAAACACGCAUUUACCGGUAGAUCAAAUUUAAACCUUGAGCUUCAUUUCGAAUAUUGAAAAAAAAGAAAAUAGUUUUAAAAGCACAAUUAAUAAUAUAAUAUGAA